AUGUUCUACUCGGAGACGCUCCUCCAGAAGAGCGGGCCUCUGGCUCGCGUCUGGCUGUCCGCCAACUUGGAGCGCAAGUUGUCCAAAAACCACAUCCUGCAAUCCAAUGUUACAGACAGUGUUGAGGCUAUUAUCACACCGAAUCAGGCGCCCAUGGCUCUGCGCUUGAGCGGUCAGCUUUUGCUCGGUGUCGUGAGAAUAUAUCAACGAAAGACGCGUUAUUUGCUAGAUGACUGCAAUGAAGCGAUGAUGAAGAUCAAGAUGGCGUUCCGGUCCAGUGGAAACAAUGACAUGGCGGCUAAUUUGCAAAUGCCAAACCGCGAGGCCUUGCUUUUGCCUGACCGAAUUACACCCUAUGACAACCUCGAACUGCCUCCGCCCCCUGAUGCAUCAUGGCUUUUGUCGCAAGUCGACGACAUCACUGCCACCCCAGUUGGUCGUAAAGGCCGCCCGAGCAACAACAGAGAUAUCAAUCUGCAAGAGGAUAUUGAAGUCAGUCAGUUUUUGCAUGGCACCGACAAUGCAGAUGAUACCUUUGCACCUAUUGGCGAUUUGGAACUGGACCUCGAUUUCGGCCUUAACAUGGACGACGGAAGCCAAAGUAUUGAACAGGGUCGAGAUGCCCCGGCACCUCGGGACGUUGAAGACGAUAUGCUGAGUGACCUGGAUGUCAUGACGCACAAUAAAGAUGCGACUGAUUUUGGUGAACCACCUGUCCGAAUUGCCGACGGAGAGGGAGAUAUCGCGAUGGGAGACGAUUUCGGUUUCAACAUUGACGACCAGUCCGCCCUGCCGGGCAUGGCUUCGAAUGCAAAUCUGCACCGUGGGAGAAUAUCGGAGUCCCCGCUAUCCGACAUUGACGAGAGGCUAGCACAAGAGAUUGAGACGGAAUACUCACGUCACAAUCAUACCGAUCUCUACGAGCCAACAGAGGAUACAGAACACACCAUUGUUCGCAGACCCGCUCAACGCGCAAAGAAGCAGAAGAUCAUGAUGCCUGAUGAGGAGAUUGCCCUGUCAAGUAGUCAUAUCAAACAGCAACAGGCCGACCGACAGAACAUUAUUAAGCCUGCUUCUUUCCUUCCUCGGGAUCCUUUCCUCCUAGCUUUGAUGGACAUGCAAAAAACUGGCGGAUUUGUCUCGUCAAUCAUGACUGAGGGUCGCAGCUCAGCUUGGGCCCCAGAGCUUCGAGGCAUGCUCACACUGGAUGCUGUGCGAGGCAUGAGCGAACUCAAGAGAAAACGAGACAGCGGCAUUGCUGAUGUGGAUAGCGACGUUGGUGCCGCCAAGUCACCUCGCCUGGAGCUCGGAGAUGACACUGACUUUGGCUUUGACGGUCAUGGCAUGGGCAACCAAAGCGUGGCAGCCGACGGCACUAUUCUGGAAAUUCCUGCCAUGGGCGACGAUGAUGGUCACUUCGAACGCGAAGGUAGCCCAAUGCACCCAUUUGACGAGACGACGGCUCCCCUUGUUCAUCCGCAAGACAGCGGCCCAGUUUCCGUCGGCACCAAACAUGCCGUGCACAUCCUUCGGGAUUUGUUUGGAGCUGAAGCUGCCACGAACGCUGAGAAGAGAAAGAAGAGCUCUGUUGUCUUCCAGAACCUGCUCCCUGAGAAGCAGACCACCAAGGCGGAGGCCACCAAGAUGUUCUUCGAGUGCCUUGUCCUUGCCACCAAAGAUGCGAUCAAAGUUGAACAAGGCCCUGAGUUGGGAGCACCCAUCAGGGUCCGUGGAAAGAGAGGGCUAUGGGGAGAUUGGGCUGAACGAGAAGCUGGAGGCGAGAUAUCGAACCAGAACGAGCCUGAGCCCGCGGCAUUCAGCGCAACCGCAGUUGCCGUGGAGGCAUAG